AUGACUACAUCCCAGGAAUCCGACUCUGUCGCUGGGACCGGUCAGCCUCUCCCAUCCACCUCGGGUGCAUCCGCAUCCGCCAUUCCCUCGACCUCAGCCCGAGGCGCAUCCGCACCCGUCGACCGGGGCGAAUCCAUCUUCUCUACCUAUUCAACACACGGCCCCGCGCCCCUGAAGCGGAUCAAACUCGUCUUCGACCGCGCCAACCGCCUCAAAGAUGCCGACGGCUUUGACGCCUGGAAGCAGCAGGUCGAGGCGGUGCUUGACACGAACGACUGUUGGGAAAUCCUACAGCGCGAUUUUGACCCUCCCAAGGUCACCAGCAAUGAGUGGUCCGAGUACAACGACCGCGUGAGGGCCACAAGGAAUCUCCUCACUCUCUCCCUCGACCCUGAUCUGCUUCACCUCAUCAAGGACACCCGCGAUGCCAAGAAGGCAUGGGAGUGCAUCCUCAAACACUUCGAGCCCUCUUCCACGAUGGGCAAGAUUCACAUAGUCAACGACCUCCUUGGCAUGUCGCUUGGCGUCGAUGGCGACUUAAUCACCCACAUUGCCAAGUUCAAAUCGUCGCACUCAACCAUGAAACGUUUGGGCAUUGAAUGGGAUGAUCUCAUAGCAGCCCUAUUCCUGCGCUCUCUACCCAAAACUUAUGAUACGCUCAAGACCGUAUGGUAUGCAGGCGAUGCACUACCUGAUCUGGAAACCAUCAUUAAGAAAGUUAAAGAUGUACACUCCCAGCAAGGUGCAAACCGAAAUGGCGUUGGGCUGGUUGCGCACAAGCGACAAGGCAGCAACUCGCCUCCGCCGGGCCCAUGUCCCGCAUGCAACGGAGACCAUUGGAUGCGCGAGUGCACCAACAAGACAGCAGCUGAAAAGGUCCGACAACGGAAGGAGUCCGAGCGACGCAAGCUUCAGAAAAGCAAAUCCAUCCCAACCGCGUUGGCAGCGCUGCGCCCAGGCGAGUUUGGCCUAGUAGCGCAAGUGGUGGAUGCCGAAGUCCAUCUACCACCUCCGGCCGAAUACCCAUCCACGGUACGCGCGAGCUCCCACGACUUCUCCCUGGUGGCUCACGCUUCCUCGAAGGAUUGGUACCUCGAUUCAGGAUGCACAUCUCACGUCUCAAACGACAGGACCCUAUUCGUCAACCUGGUCGAAAGGGCCAAUGGCAGCCUGACUGGCGUUGGUGGCGCAGUACCGAUCCUGGGACAUGGCAGCGUACGCCUACACACUGCACAGCCAGUGCUCCUGCAAGAUGUAUGCUGGGCCCCUGGCACGCCUUUCAACCUCAUGUCCGUAGGUGCGAUUACCGAGAAGGGUUAUAGCGUUAUCUUAGACAGCACCAAAGGUCGUAUUGUAUCGCCAGAUGGGGUCACUAUUGCCACAGCGACGCGAUGCACCAACCGCCUAUGGCGAGUCGACACCCUCAAGAGUCCGAAGGGCAGCCACGCAAUUGCCCUGCAAAGCAACAAACUGGACUCGAUGGCCACCUGGCACCGCAGACUUUGCCAUCUGCAUCACGGCGCCAUCCGCAAGAUGGCCAAUGGUCCGCUAAAGGGCAAAGUCGACGUAUCCACCGAACCGAAGUGCGAAGCUUGCAUUGAGGGAAAGUUCCACCGAGGGGCCUUUCCAUCAAGUGAUCACCGGGCGGCCGCACCAUUGGCAUUGGUACACAGUGACGUGCUAUAUAUCCCCUGGCCAAGCUUGUUGGGGUUCCAUUAUGUUGUUGUGCUGGUGGAUGACUAUUUGCGCAAAACCUGGACGUUCCCAGUACGCCAAAAAGGAGACGCUGCGACGGUCAUCAACGAGUUCAUUGCUCUGCCACAUGAGCACGUCAUCAAAGAGAUACAGACCGACCGUGGUAAAGAAUACGACCGCAUCGACACUACAUGUGCGCAACGCGGCAUCCACCACCGUCGAACAGUGGGAUUCACUCCUCAGAGCAACGGACGCGCCGAGCGCGUCAAUCGCACGUUGCUUGACGGAGUCACUACAAUGCUCCUCGAUGCCGGACUACCCCAUUGCCUACGGGCGGAGGCAAUGCGUACAUUUGUCAUUGCCAAAAAUGCGUCCUACCAUGACGCGAUCAAAGCAAUCCCAGACGAUUUGUACUACGACAAAUCUCCCCCUGCUAUGCAGCUGCUGCGCGCAUUUGGGUGCAAAGCCUGGGCAUACGUACCUCGUGAGCAUCGGAUGAAGCUGGAACCAUCUGGCCGUCCACUGAUCUUUGUUGGGUACGACCGUGCAGGCUACCGCCUUUGGGAUGGGCACAAGGUGUCUCUUAGUCGCGUGAACGACACCCUAUUUGACGAGUCGUCCUUUCCAGCGAGGGAACCACCAUCCACGCCCGAACCGGAGAGCCGCCCGAUUACCGUCGAGAGCCCUAUUGCCCUUGUACCGCAGCCUGUGAUGAUCGAACCGCCAGCCGCAGCAGCCACGACACCCGCAGAGCCUGUGGUGCCAUCGUCUAUCGCCGAACCUGUUGCCGAAACCAGAAAGAGUACCCGCGAACGCAAGCACACUUCGCGUUACUCUCUUGAACAGUUCUACGCCAUGUCUGUGACGCUCGAGCAUCUGCUUGGGGAGGGCGGUGGAAAUGGGUCCAACUUCAACUUCCCUGAGGGUGCGUUUGUGGCAGCGGCGGCUCACGCUAUGCCAGCCGACCCACGCUCGUACGCGGAAGCACUCCUCACCGACGAGGCCGAGAAGUGGAAGGAAGCGGCUAUUGCAGAAUUGGCUGCCCUCAGAUCCAAUAACACAUGGACACUGGUUCGCCGUAAUGGUCAGCGAGUGAUUGGCAGCAAGUGGGUCCUCACCAAAAAGAGGAACGACAAAGGGGUUGUUGUCAAGUACAAAGCCCGCUUAGUGGCCCAAGGGUUCAAUCAACAACCAGGUCGCGAUUACGAUACUGCCUUCUCUCCCGUGGUCAAGUUCAACACCAUGCGUGUGUUAUUCAGCUUUGCUGGGUACAACCCCGAAUGGUGCCUGGAGGGGUGUGACGUGAACAACGCAUACACCCACAGUGACCUUGACCCCAAAGACGACUACUAUCUUUGUCAAGCCAAAGGUUUUGAAGAGCACCCCGAAGGACCAGGUGUAGAGUACGUGUACCACCUCAAGAAGUCGCUGUAUGGAUUGCCCGCAUCUGGCCAUUAUUGGAACGCCAACAUCGACAAGAAGUUGAAGGCCAUGGGAUACAAGCGAUGCUUUAGCGAUCCGUGCCUAUACAUGUGCCAACGCAACGGAGACUUCAUCAUGGUUGCCGUCUACGUUGACGACUUGACUAUGUUGUCGUCCGACCCCCUUCUCGUGCGGGAACUCAAGGAGGCACUGCGUGAAGAGUACGGGAUUAAGGAUCUUGGCCAGCUGCGCGCAAUCCUUGGCUUACAUAUCCAACGCGACAGAAGCGGGCUGCAUGUUUCCCAGGAACGAUACAUUCACGACCUGGCCGCACGCUUCGACCUCCAACACUUGCCCCCAGCGGGCGCGCCUCUCCAAAAGGGGAUCGUGCUGCGCAAGACACCGGCCAAUGCACCGCGCAUUUCCGAACCAUACUUGGAGCUGAUCGGCGGCCUCAUGUGGGCAAUGCUGGGCACCCGCCCUGAUAUUGCGUACGCAGUGUCGGCGUUGAGCAGACACAGCUCGCACCCUAGCCCAGAGCACUGGGUCUCCGCAAUACAGGUGCUACGCUACUUGCACGGGUCGGCCAGUACAGGGUUAUUCUACCCCGCGCGCACCAAUGCAUCUGCUCACUACCCGCCAUUCUUUGCUUACUCCAAUGCGUCGCACGGGGAUUGCGUCGACACUUUGCGUAGCACAAUGGGGAAUGUCUUCAUCUCCGGUACUCCUAAUGGCCCAGGUGGACCAAUCGCAUGGUCUUCCAAGCUACAGGGAAGGGUGGCCAAAAGUACGACCGACGCAGAAUACUGCGCAUUGAGUCAUUGCGGUGACACCGCCAUUUGGUUGCGCCAGCUCUACAAAGAGCUCGCCAUUGACUUCCCCUCGGCCACCACGGUCCUCGGAUCGACGCCGGUGUUUGGCAACAAUCAAGGGAGUAUCGACUACGCUACCAACGGGAAGGAUAGUACGCGCACACGUCACGUGCGCAUGACGGAGCACCUCGUCCGAGAGCUAGUCGUUGCGCAAGACAUCAAGCUUGCGUAUGUGCGCACCACAGUUAUGGCCGCCAAUAUGAUGACAAAGUCAGUCUCCAAAGAAAGACUUCGGGAACUGUCUCAGCUUGUUGGUCUCCGCGCCCCUCCCCCCGGUGCCCGUCUAUGA